AUGGAGAUGCUGAUUGUCUCCUGCACGGUCUGCUGCUGGAGUGUGCUCCAAGGACACGGGUUGUUGUUGCCGAUAAGCAGUGAGGGGCAGCUCCGCCCCACAGGAACAGCCUGUCCCUGGCUUCGGCUGGCUUCCCAUCCGCCCCAGAAAACACUGUCCCAUCUCAGCAAGCAGCAUCCCUGCAAAUCUGCUGUGGGUUUGGUGACCAUCUCUGUGAUGCCACACUUGUGCAGGUUGGUGAUCUGCGUGUUGCUGGGGCUGGGGUCCCUGCUGGUGGGGGCACUGUCCCCAUUCUGCCCCCCUACCUGCCAGUGCUAUGACACCGCCAAAGUCUUCUGCUCAAGUGAAAGAAUACGGGAGAUCCCAGAGGGGCUGCCAGGAAGUGCCACCCACCUCUUCUUCGUGGAGACAGCCCUGAGUAGCAUCCGCAGAGGGGACUUGGGUCCCAGCACCACCCUCACCAAGCUGGUCUUCAUCAAUAACAACCUCCAGGAGCUGGAGGCUGGUGCCUUUCAGGGGCUGCCCAGCCUCACCGAGCUGGAGGUGUCAGGCAACCCCUUGCCAGCUGUCAGCCUUGGGAUGCUGGCAGGGUUGACCAGCCUCAACAAGCUCUCCCUCAGUGCCAAUGCCAUCCGCACCCUGCAGCCGGGGCUCUUCACUGCCUCUUGCCGCCUAGAGGACCUGAGCUUGUCAGGGAACAGGAUUGAGGCACUGCCCCCUGGCAUCUUCCGCCCACUCCGGCGGCUCCAGGCUCUGGACCUCUCACAGAAUGUUCUGGCUGAGCUGCCGGAUGGACUGCUGGCCCCACUUGUCGCCCUUCGUGUCCUCAAGCUGAGUGACAACCUGCUGGCACAGGUGCCUCCUGGUGCUUUCAGGGCACUUGGCCAGCUAACUGAGCUCCACCUGGAUGGCAACCGGCUGGAGGAGCUGCCCUCCGGCAUCUUCUCCGGGCUGGGCGGGCUGCGGCGGCUGCAGCUGCAGCACAAUGCCCUGGGCAGCCUGGCCCCUGACAUCUUCACAGGUCUCCUCAACCUCACUGUCCUCAGCCUGGAGGGCAACAACCUGGCCACCGUGCCUGCCAUCCUGUUCACUGGCACCCCUGGCCUCCUCCACCUCUCGCUAGCUCGCAACCAGCUGGAGACACUGCCCCAGGAGCUCUUCGCUAACCUGUCAGUGCUGGAAACCCUGGUGCUCUCACACAACGCCAUGAAUCACCUGCCCGCUGAGGUUUUCCAGGAGCUGGCGGGGCUGACAGAGCUACAGCUGAGCCACAACAACCUCUCCAGCCUGCCGGCGAGGCUGCUGGCUGGGCUGCCCCUCCUCACCGCCCUGGUGCUGGACCACAACCGCCUGGCCCGCCUGCCCCCGGGGCUCUUCGAUGCCAACGGGGAGCUGGUGCGUGUGGGGCUGGCUGACAACCCCUGGCUCUGCGACUGCCGCCUCUCCUACCUCCUGCGCUGGCUCCAGAACUUUGCUGAGCCCUUCAUCCACGACCAAGCCUUCUGUGCCAGUCCAACAGCUCUCCAGGGCCGGUCCCUGCUGGAGGUCUCUCUCGGGCAGCUGGAGUGCCCCGGAGCGCACGGUGUGCCCGCAGAGGAAGGCUGGGACACAGAUGCUCCGGGGCAGUGCACCUACACCAGCCCCGAGGGCACUGUGAGCCUGGCCUGCAAUGCCACAUCCUGCCAGCGGCUCAGCCUUCGCCUCCCUCCUCCCGGGCAGCAGCAGGGCUCGGGGCCAGCGUACGAGGGGGCCUGGGUGCUGCGCUCCCGCUGUGGCACGCUGCAGGUCAGAGUCCUUGUCACAGCACAGAGCGGGAAUGAGGCCACAUCACCAGCUGUCCCCACGGUGCCCUAGAGCUUGGGCAGGCGUUUGCUUCUGCUCUGGCAACCUCUGAACCAGCCUGGGAAACAAACAGCUCUCCUUCUCGCUCUGCUGCCGCUGCCAUGGUCAC